AUGCGCUUGCACCGCUGUGAAGGCUGUCUCGCGGCGUGCGGCCGGCAGCGCCGCCCGGCGCCGCUCAUCACCCUACCCAGGACUCUAGGAGCUAAGAGCAAGAUAUUAAAACGCACAAAACGCAGCACUUUCCCAUCGAUGAGCAAAAGCAACUGUGUAAAUAUGGCUGAGCCGUCCCCCCCAACCCCUCCAGACAACGAUGCACCACCUAUGCCCUGGUUUGGCAUGGAUAUCGGUGGCACGUUAACUAAACUGGUCUACUUCGAGCCUCGAGAGACAAACCGGCGCGAGCUGGACAAGGAGACUGAAGUGCUCAAAAACAUUCGGAGGUACCUCACACGGAACUCCGCUUAUGGAAAGACUGGACGCAGAGAUGUACACUUACAGAUGGACAACGUAACGAUACGCGGAAGACGGGGUACGUUACAUUUCAUCCGUUUCCCGACCUCGGAGGUGGGCGCCUUCCUUCAGCUCGCCCGUUCGAAAGGAAUGGCGGACCUAGUGAACACUAUAUACGCGACCGGUGGUGGAGCUUACAAGUUUGAAGAGGAUUUUAUAAAGGAAGUGAACAUGCGACUAUCGAAGAUGGACGAAUUGGAUGCUCUGAUCGCGGGCGUUCUGUUCGUGGACGGUAUGAACGCCCAGGAGUGUUACUACUGGGCUCCACCCGACGAACUACCCGUCCAUUCGCACCAGACAUCUGCUCCCCCGUACUCUGAAGUGGCCCUGAGCAUGUACGUGCGCAAACCCUUCGACUUCAGCAACCCCUACCCUUUCCUGCUGGUCAACGUGGGCAGCGGCGUGUCAGUGCUUGUCGUGAACGCGCCCAACGACUACUACAGGGUUAGCGGCACCAGCUUGGGUGGCGGCACGUUCCUGGGGCUGUGCUGCCUGCUCACGGGCUGCAGCAGCUUCGAGGAGGCCAUCGCGCUGGCGGCGGCGGGAGACAACACCACCGUCGACAAGCUCGUGCGCGACAUCUACGGCGGGGACUACGCGCGCUUCGGCCUGCCCGGGGACCUCGUCGCCAGCAGCUUCGGUCAGAUGUGUUCAGCGGACCGGCGCGCCAAGGUGUCCCGCUGUGACCUGGCGCGGGCCACGCUCGUCACCAUCACCAACAACAUCGGGUCCAUCGCACGCCUCUGCGCCUCCAACGAACACAUCGAGAGGGUGGUAUUCUGCGGGAACUUUCUACGAGUGAACCCGCUAUCCAUGAAGCUACUGUCAUACGCGAUGUCCUACUGGUCCAGAGGGGCAUUAAAAGCACUCUUCCUUGAGCAUGAGGGUUACUUCGGAGCCGUGGGCUGCCUCCUCCACCUGGACGUGAAGCACCAGCGCCGCAGCCGCCACUCGCCUCCCGCCGACAGCCAGGCCGACAGAUCAGGGACAUAA